UUUAAAUUAUAGAAGUUGGCAAGUGCCUGGGAGGAGAGGGAGGUUUUUUAAACUGAGAAAGACAGUUGCAAAACUUUGCACAGCAGCAUGAACUCCAAGCUUCAAAAGCAUUCUCACGAGCAGACGGGCACUUUAUUUUUCAUCAAGUUUUUUUGUGUGUUGUUUUGAAGCUGCUUUGAAUGAUAAACACAUAUUUCUGCUGUAAACUUUUUUAAUGGUUUCUAAACUCAUGGGACAACCGAAGCAACAAAGCCUCAUGAUUUGGGGGAAGAUUUGAUGUCAGCAAUGCCUAGAAAAGAGCCAAAGAUGUUUGUCUUGCUCUAUGUUACAAGUUUUGCCAUUUGUGCGAGUGGACAACCUCGGGGUAAUCAGUUCAAAGGAGACAGCUACUCCCCAAGAUAUAUCUGUAGCAUUCCUGGCCUACCUGGACCUCCAGGCCCCCCUGGAGCAAAUGGUUCGCCUGGGCCCCAUGGUCGGAUCGGCCUUCCAGGACGAGAUGGUAGAGACGGCAGGAAAGGAGAGAAAGGUGAAAAGGGGGCUGCAGGUUUGAGAGGUAAGACUGGACCACUGGGCCUUGCUGGAGAGAAAGGGGACCAAGGAGAGACUGGGAAGAAAGGACCCAUGGGACCUGAGGGAGAGAAAGGAGAAGUAGGUCCUGUUGGGCCUCCUGGACCAAAGGGAGACAGAGGAGAGAAAGGGGACCCAGGGCUGCCUGGUGUUUGUAGAUGUGGAAGCAUCGUGCUCAAAUCUGCCUUUUCUGUUGGCAUCACAACCAGCUACCCAGAAGAAAGGUUACCAAUUAUAUUUAACAAGGUCCUCUUCAAUGAGGGAGAACACUACAACCCUGCAACAGGGAAGUUCAUCUGUGCUUUCCCAGGGAUCUAUUACUUUUCUUAUGAUAUCACAUUGGCAAAUAAGCAUCUGGCAAUUGGGCUGGUACACAAUGGGCAGUACCGGAUAAAGACCUUUGAUGCCAACACAGGAAACCAUGACGUGGCUUCGGGGUCCACAGUCAUCUAUCUGCAGCCAGAAGAUGAAGUCUGGCUGGAGAUCUUCUUCACUGACCAGAAUGGCCUCUUCUCAGACCCAGGUUGGGCAGACAGUUUGUUCUCUGGAUUUCUCCUAUAUGUUGACACAGAUUAUCUAGAUUCCAUAUCAGAAGAUGAUGAGCUCUGAUGAGGACUGCUGGUCUAAAUAUCCCAAGAUCCUUGUGGCAGACACAUUGAUUUAAUCUGGGGCCCUGGAAGGUGGGACAAGCAGAAACGAGAUCCAAAAAGACACCCACUCAGAUUCCAGAGAAUUUACAGAUACUUCUAGCAGAAUUUAUUAAAACAGGUUGAACCACCAAACCAUUGAAACUACACCAAAAUGAAUUCUAUAAAAGAAUAACCCCAGAUGUUUUCUCAAAAGCGAUGUUCAUAAAUAUUUAAACAAAUUAAAGACAAUGUUACAAAUUUUCUAUUAAAUUCCCUGAGUGCUAAAACCAGCCGGCAAUGAUAUUAUAUCAUUAAAUCUUCAUAAAAUUCCAUUUUUGCCUGUUACUUAAGAGAGUCAUAACAUCCCAAAGUCCUUGACAAUUCUCAAAAAGUAAAAACCCAAAGGUAAGAGAAGCCAAGUAAUUUCAAGCAAGUUAAAGAGAAGUGAUUAUUUUACUGUAUUAUUCAUUCCUUCAUGCCUGUAUAUAUUCACUCAACAACUCUGAUACUGGGUCAGAUUUAAUGAUUUAAAACAAUAUCUGUACCUUCAUACAGGCUAAUGUGUGAUGAGCACACUCUCACCAUUCAGUGUGAUA